UUAUCCAGCCCCGUUUCUCCGUAGCAUUCGUUGCUCCGCUCUACGUCCCGGGGCGCGACUACUUACAUUUAUCGAUUUAAACCAAGUCUCGAUAUGACGGAGCAAAUGACAGAGAACGAUGCGGGCGAAUUCGUCGACGAGGACAACGGGAAAAGGUUAUAUCUGAAUACUGUGGUCAGCGAUGAUCGCGAAAACUCGGCAUCGGAGAAUGAAGAAUAUAAAGACGAAAGAAUAGAGGAGGAAGAGGAAGAGAAGGAAGAUAUUUAUAAAAUGGAUGAGUUUUUUAUUUGGGACCAGGAACCGGGAGAACAUGAAUAUGAGGAGGAAGGAUACGAAGAGCGGAGUCUCGAAGAUGAGGAAGCAGAAGAAGAAGGAGAUGAAGCAGAAGAAGAAGGAGAUGCACCAUCCGAAGAUAUUGCGACAAUCUCGACGGCAGAAAAGCUCGAAGAGGAAGUGCAGCAAGAUGUGGUGGGGCCCGAUCACGUGCUCGCUGAGAUACCAGUCGAGAUUUUUGCCAGUCGCGAGGCAAUGCUCAACAAAUUAAAAGAACUUUUAGCUGAGCAAGUAGAAUUACGAAGAAAAAAUAGACUUCUUGAGUCGUGGAUUAUCGCACAUAUGAGAAAGAUGCAAGAGAAAGUGACACCCGUGGAUACGACAAAGGAAUCCGAGCAAAUGGAGCAGAUCUAUAGACAAACGUUGCACACGUAUAAGCAGUACCUCGACGACGUAACGGAGCGGAAGAAACGGAUAGCAGCCGACAUGGAAAGCUAUGAAGACAGAGUGCAAAAGACGCGCGACGAAAACGCGCGAGUGUUCGACGAACUCCUGGAUCGUGAGAGGGAAGUGGCGACGGGUCUCAUUUACGGGAAGACCGGACGAAUGCUCACGGAGAAGGCUGUCAACGAGAUAACUCGUCGGCAGGUGUCACGACGCGAGAUUCUCGCUCGUAAUCGUUACGAGUACAUCCUCCUGCAGCACCAUCUCGAAGAGAUAAAAAUGCAACUGCGAAAUCUGGAAACGCUCGGGGAAGAGAUGACCGCUAUGGAUUACGAGGCUUUACAUAUAGCUCACGUGAAUUAUAAGGAUAAAUUGGACGAGCGUGACAGAGAACUCGAAAAAUGGCGCAAUAAAAUCGCUGAAAUGGUUAACGGAGUCGCUCACUAUAAGGAGAAGGAGACAUGCCUCGCGGAGGAUAUCGAGUUUGAGGAACGCGAAUUGAACGAGUAUUGCGAGCAGACAGCCAGAGUUCGAGAGGAUGUCAAUAAACUCCAUUUAAUUCUGAGAGAUUUACGAUGGGCUCACGACGAGAAGAGGCUCGAAGGCGGGCUGCUGAUGGCUCCACCGGUGCUGCGUGAGACGGAGAGGAAGAUGAAGUUGCUGGACGCCGUGAGGAACGACAUUGAGAUAAUCAAGCGCGAGAUUCACCGGUACGGCCCUGCGAACGGGAGGAAGAAGACGAGCAGCGAGGCAUUGGCAAUGUCGACGAUGACGCAGGAGAAACCAGAUCGUUUCUAAUAAACGAAAUCCUCUAACGUCUCUUCCAUGAGGAUUUAUUUACCGACUGUAUCUUUUAAAAAUACGUACGGGACUUGAACGUAAAUAAACAU